CAGGCGAGAAAACCAGCUAGGUUCCGCCCCGGUGCCUGCCCGCCUCCUUUUUAAGCGCCUCCCGCCCAACCUCAGCUCCCUCUGGCUUUGCCACGCUCCUUCCUACCCCGCCUUCCUUGUCUCCCCCGACUGCUCUGGUUCCUGUGGCCGCCCCGCAGCGCCAGCCCAGGUGCCAUGGCUGCUAUGUACCUCCCCAGCCUGCGGCUUAGCUUGCAUGGGCUGAGGCCCUGGCACUGGUCACCAUGCCGUAACAUCCAAACUCUGCGGGUACUCAGUGGAGACCUGGGCCAGCUGCCUGCUGGAGUCCGGGACUUCGUGGCACGCAGUGCCCGUCUGUGCCAACCAGAGAGCAUUCACAUUUGUGAUGGGUCUGAGACUGAGAACGCUGCCACACUGGCCCUGCUGGAACAGCAGGGGCUUAUCCGGAAGCUCCCCAAGUAUGAGAACUGCUGGCUGGCUCGCACAGACCCCAAGGAUGUGGCGCGGGUAGAAAGCAAGACGGUGAUUGUAACCCCUUCGCAGAGGGACACAGUGCCCCUCCUGGCUGAUGGGGCCCGUGGGCAGCUGGGCAACUGGAUGUCCCCAGAUGAGUUCCAGCGAGCUGUGGAUGAGAGAUUUCCAGGAUGCAUGCAGGGCCGCACCAUGUAUGUGCUCCCGUUCAGCAUGGGUCCCGUGGGCUCCCCACUGUCCCGCAUUGGAGUGCAGCUCACUGACUCAGCUUAUGUAGUGGCAAGCAUGCGUAUUAUGACCCGCCUGGGAACACCUGUGCUUCAGGCCCUGGGAGAUGGUGACUUCAUCAAGUGUCUGCAUUCAGUAGGCCAGCCCCUGACUGGGCAUGGGGAUCCUGUGAGCCCGUGGCCAUGCAAUCCGGAAAAAACCCUGAUUGGCCACGUGCCAGACCAGCGGGAGAUCGUCUCCUUCGGCAGCGGCUAUGGUGGUAACUCCUUGCUGGGCAAGAAGUGCUUUGCCCUGCGCAUCGCCUCUCGCCUGGCCAGGGAUGAGGGCUGGCUGGCAGAGCAUAUGCUGAUUUUGGGGAUCACCAACCCUGCAGGGAAAAAGCGCUAUGUGGCAGCUGCUUUCCCCAGUGCCUGUGGCAAAACCAAUCUGGCUAUGAUGCAGCCUGCAUUGCCAGGCUGGAAAGUAGAGUGUGUGGGGGAUGACAUCGCCUGGAUGAGGUUUGACAGUGAAGGUCAGCUCCGGGCCAUCAACCCUGAGAAUGGCUUCUUUGGGGUGGCCCCUGGUACAUCUGCUACCACCAAUCCCAAUGCAAUGGCCACAAUCCAGAGUAACACUCUUUUCACCAAUGUGGCCGAGACCAGUGACGGCGGUGUGUACUGGGAAGGCAUUGACCAGCCUCUUCCACCUGGUGUCACUGUGACCUCCUGGCUGGGAAAGCCCUGGAAACCUGGUGACAAGGAACCCUGUGCACAUCCCAAUUCACGUUUUUGUGUCCCGGCUCGCCAGUGUCCCAUCAUGGACCCAGCCUGGGAGGCACCAGAGGGUGUCCCCAUUGAUGCCAUCAUCUUUGGAGGCCGCAGGCCCAAAGGGGUACCUCUGGUGUAUGAAGCCUUCAACUGGCGUCAUGGGGUGUUUGUAGGCAGCUCCAUGCGCUCAGAGUCCACUGCAGCUGCUGAACACAAAGGAAAGAUCAUUAUGCAUGAUCCCUUUGCCAUGCGGCCUUUUUUUGGCUAUAACUUUGGACACUACCUCCAACACUGGCUGAGCAUGGAGGGACACAAAGGAGCCCGGCUGCCUCGUAUCUUCCACGUCAACUGGUUCCGGCGAGAUGAAGCGGGCCGCUUCCUGUGGCCAGGUUUUGGGGAGAACGCUCGUGUGCUAGAUUGGAUCUGCAGACGGUUAGAUGGGGAAGACAGUGCCCAAGAGACUCCCAUCGGGCUGGUGCCAAAGGAAGGAGCCCUGAAUCUCAGUGGCCUCAAAGCAAUAGACAACAUUCAGCUGUUCUCCAUCCCCAAGGACUUCUGGGAACAGGAGGUUCGCGAUAUUAGGAGCUACCUGACCCAGCAAGUCAACCAGGAUCUGCCUAAGGAGGUGUUGUCGGAGCUCGAGGCUCUGGAGGGGCGUGUGCGAAGAAUGUGACCUGAGUCUCUAGGCUAGCAAGAGCACAACACCCCCAUCUGGGUAGGGAAUUCCCAGGCUCAUAGAAAACAUGGAUGGUUUGAUAUUAAAUGUGUGAGUGUUGGAAGGCCAGGCCACAGACCUUCUCCCUUGUCUGCUAAGAUUCACAGUUAUCUUAUACGUCUGUGCUGUUUUCACUUCCCAUUUGUCUCCGUAGGCUUCCUUCUACUGUCAGUCUCGAUACUGGCUCACAUAGUAAGAACUUGUAGAAGGAGGCAGAUUCUUCUGAAGAAUGUAGCCUGGUAUGGUGAUAUACACCUUUAAUCCUAGAGACAGCCCGACCUCGGGGAGUUUGAGACCAGUCUGCCUGGUCUACAUAGCAAGUGCCCGGCCAGCUGGGGCUACAUAGUAAAGAUCAAUUAAAGAAAAAAAGAAGAAGAAAAAGAAAGAAAAAGGGAGGCCACAGCAGGCUGCUCAGUGUCUAGCGUUAGGGUUCUUUGUCCCAUGCAAACAUGCAUGUCUGCAGAAGUUUCAUUCUGCAGUGACAGCUCCAUUGAUGGUUCUUCUGCUGGUUUCCCCCACCUGACUUGAACCAGGAACCAUAUUAUCUUUUUUUUUUUUUUCACUUGGGACAAGGUCUCAUGAAGCCCAGGCUGGAUUCAAACUCACCGUUCAGCUAAAGAUAACCCUGUCCUCCUGAUCCUCCUCUCUCCCUCCUGGCAAGCGUGCCACCAUCUGUAUGCCAGGCGCUGUUCUAAGAGCCUUAUGAAAGCCCCAUUUUACAGCUCAAAAGCGAGAGUUGGAUUGAGCAAAAUGGCAUGUCUUAAAAUCCUGGCACUUGAAGGACCCUAUCACCAAGGCAAGAGAAUUGUGUACACAGUGACCCUGUCUACACAGAAAAUCACAGACCAAAGAUCAUCCAGAGAAUGGCCCCACACCUUUGUGCGUACGGGUGUUGAAGUUCAGAGGGGAACAUGUUGGAAGGGGUGUGGGGAAAAUUGGAAAGGGGAAGUGGACUUGAUCAAAAGACAUAUACACAUGAAAUUCUCAAAUAAUAAUAAAUAAUAAAAUAUGAGAAAAAACCUUCAAACAAAAUGGGAUUCCUGGAAAACCCCGCAGAAGAAAUAACUAGAUGAAGGAAGAAAUAGUGAGUGUUCUCCAAGAAAAGGCCAGAACACUAGUCAAGGAAGAAAGGUCAGGGUGGCUACACAACAGAACGCAGCAGUGGAGUACACACAACACAAAAGCACAGCCGGGGAAGGCUGAUCAGCUCCUGAGCUAUAGCGGAAGGAAGGUCUAACAUUCUGCUCCGCUGCACUUUAAGGAGGCUAAGGAUAACAAUACCAAAAAGGAGCUGAAGGGCCGGGUAUGGUGGCACAGGCCUUUAAUCCUACCGUACAGUGCUGGGUAACUGAGUCAGUGGAGGAAAGCACUUAAUGAACAGUGACUAUUGGCUGUCAGCUCCUCUCCACUCUGCAGUGAUGAGAGCUGGCCCUAAUUAUGGAGCUGACUCUGCAUUGAAGAGGAAAGAGGAGCUAGGCGGUGGUGGCGCACGCCUAUAAUCCCAGCAGAGGCAGGCAGAGCUCUGUGAGUUCGGGGCCAGUCUGGUCUACAAG